UCUUGAGAGUGGCGGCUUCCGCAGUCGGAAAAGAAAGUUCUUGAAAAAUGCCCGCGAACCUCAACCUCCGUAGGUGGGGCGAGGAAAGAAACGGGAUGAACACGUGACCCUGAAGUCUCAGCCUUCGCGAUCCGCUGCACGGCUCUGCACCACCACCUGCUGGGACCGCCCCUUUGCACUUCUCUAGCCAAUCAGAGUGGCACGCCUAUGGUCACCAUGGAAACACUGGCGCGAAGGGGGGAGCGGUUACUUAGCAACCGGGAGAUGCUGCGAGGCCCCGCCAAGCGGUCGGAAAGCGCAUUCCCAGAGAUUGAGGAACCCGAAUUGACGGAUCCCAGACAGGGGCGGCCAAUUUUUCGCUGCUUCCCUAAACCCUAGGGGGUCUCUGGCCCCAACCCAAUCAUGACGUCUCCCUUGUGCAGGGCGGCCUCUGCCAACGCCAUGCCUUCUCAAGAUCAGGCUUCGACGCCUUCUUCCAAAGCCAAGAGCAGUAAGGCUCAGGCCAAGAAGGGCUACCGCCGAGCCAAGGGCUCCCACUCCGGGGCCUGGACCCCGCCCUAUUCCAAGACGGCACUCGGCCCCCACAGCCCGCAGAAGCUCGCCAAGCACAAAGAGGUGGUCGAGUUACAAAGGAAGAUCCAGCUGUUAGAGGGUGACCGGAAGACCAACUAUGAGAACACCCAGUGGAACAUGAAGAAAAACCAGGAGGCCAUCAGCCACCUCCAUGAGGAGAUCAAGGCCCUGCAGGGGCAGCUGACGGACCUGCUGCAGGGAGACGAGAAAGUGGUGCAGGCAAUAAUUCAGGAGUGGAAGGAGGAGAAGCCGUAUCUGAAGAACAGGAUGACCCAGCAAGCCCUGGAGUACCUGGACCACCAGCUGAGCGGGAAGGUGAAGCAGCUGAACGCCCUGCGACACCAGGUGGUGCUGCGACAGCGGCGGCUGGAUGAACUGCAGCUUCAGGAGAGCCUGCGCCAGCUGGAGAUGGCCGAGAUGCAGGACAGCAACACCGAGAUGGCCAAGACCAUGAGGAACCUGGAGAACCGGCUGGAGAAGGCCCGCAUGAAGGCAGAAGAGGCCGAGUACAUCACUGGCGUGUACCUGCAGCUCAAGGCCUAUCUGCAGGAGGAGGCCCUCACCCUGGGGAACCAGCUGGACGCCAUGGAGGCCCAGGUGGUAAAGACCAAGCAGGAGGUUCAGGAACUGAACGUGGUGAACCAAGAGGCCCUCAGCGCCCGGGACAUUGCCAAGAACCAGCUGCAGUAUCUGGAGGAGAAGGUGAUUCAGGAGCGCAAGAAGCGGGAGCUGUACAUAAGUGAUUGCAAGAAGCGUGCGGAGGAGAAGAAACUCCAGAACGAGCGGAUGGAGCGAAAGACGCAGCGCGAUCACCUGCUGCUGCAGUCCGAGGACACCAUCCAAGACCACCAGCAGGCCAAGGAGGAGGAGCUGUGGCGGCGCUGGAGCAUGUACCAGAUGGAGGUGACCUUCAGCAAGGUCAAGGACGCCACCGGCGCGGCUGAAACACACGUGAGCGCUCCCGCCCGCCUCUGGCCUCCAGUUGCACACAAGCCGGGCCCAGCACACCCUCCCUGCCCUUUCCUCCAGUCGGUGGUGCGGCGGUUCCUGGCCCAGGGCUACACCUUCACGCAACUGGAGGCCCUCAAGAAGGAGAACGAGCAUACGCUGGUGAAGCUCAAGGAGGAGAAGCAGCGGCUGCAGCGGGAGCUCGAAAACCUCAAAUACUCCGGGGAGGCCACGCGGGUGAGCCAACAGAAGCUGCAAGCUGAGUUGCAGAUGAGCCUCAAAACCGAGGAGCAGCGACGGGCUAAGGCCCGGGAGGAGCUGGAGCGCACCCUGCGAACCGCGCGGGUGGCUAAGGACAGCCUGGAACACCUGGCCAGCAAGCUGAAAGUCAUCACAGUGGAGGACAGCCGCUUCUCGGAGAAAGUGUUAGACCCCACAGCAGGUGACUAUUUGCCGAACCUGCUGGGCCUGGUGGAGGAGAAGCUGCUGAAGCUGCAGUCUCAGCUCCUGAGCCACGAUGUGCCGGAGAUGCUGCGCUAUAUCGCCAGCCGCGAGUUCCUGGUCACCUUAGAAGGAAAGUUGCCCCGGUACAACACCCGCAUCCCCCUCCUUCUGUCCAGUUCCAAGGACAAGUUCUUCGGUCAGUGCUGCUGGGCUCAGGAAGAGCGGGAGGUGGUCAGAUGCCAGGCCCAGGGCCCAGAUGGAGGUGGGUGGGGUGGUGACGGGCCCAGCAGGGCGUCUGGAGGGCUGCAUCAGUCAGGGCUCCCCGCAGACGAAGAGGAGAGCGAGGAGGACGACAACGUGGUGACCCGGGCUUCGUUCAAGAUCAUUUCCCAGAAACUCAUCGAAACGCGCAGCAAGAAGCGAGGUCGCUCGCGGAGGUCCUAGGCACGCGGUGCCCACCCCGGCCGAGCCCCUCGGACCUCCUGGACCUGGCCAGGGCUCCACGGGGCCCCUUGAAGGGCUGCACGAGGCCCGAGUGGGAGCAGAGCAGGCCAGAGGCCCGCAGGAGAGAAGGCGCCGGGCCAGAUGUUCCCACAGUAAUCUCCCAAGUUGGGUCGGCACCGGCCUCAGAAUCGCACAAUAAAGGUCACCCAUCAGCCUCC